AUGCCCAUCAUCAGCAACGCUAACCAUGACUUCAGCAAUCUGUCCGUCAGUGACGACAGCAGUCUCGACCGCAUCUUCACCGAGAUUCCAGAGACUGAGACUGUCAAGGGCGUUUAUUACCAAAGGGCUCAGUUCAUCCGUCAGCCAGAGGACCUGGUCUCCGUGGACCACCGCUUGCUGGCAGUGAUCAACGUCGGGGGGAACCGCUAUACCUUCCCUUGGACUACGCUCCAGCAGUUCCCCCUCACUCGACUGGGCCGCUUGUGUGGCUGCAGGUCACCUGAGGACAUCGCCAGCGUAUGCGACGACUACGAUGAAGCACGCAAGGAAUUCUUCUUCGAUCGCUCGCCGUCCGCCUUCAGGGUCAUCCUCAACUUCCUGGCUGCGGGUAAACUCCGCCUGUUGCGGGAGAUGUGCAUCCUCUCGCUGCACGAUGAGCUCGCUUACUGGGGUGUGGAGAUGGCGUACAUGGAGCGCUGCUGCAAGAGGAAGAUGUACACACGAAUAGAGGAGGUGCACGAACAGGAGCGCCAGGAGGAAGAGCGCAGGCAGCGAAAUGCCAUGCAGCGCGUUCCCGCCGAAGAGACCGCCUACCGAAAAGUUAUGAACUGGCUUCGGGACAUGGUGGAGAAUCCGCAGUCGGGCUUGCCGGGGAAGAUCUUCGCCUGCCUGUCGGUCAUCAUGGUGGCGGUGACUGUUGUCAGCUUGUGUAUCAGCACCAUGCCUGACCUCAGAGAGGAAGAGGACAGGGGUGAGUGCUCUUCCAAGUGCUACAACAUGUUCAUCAUUGAGACGGUGUGUGUGGCCUGGUUCUCGCUUGAGUUCAUCCUGCGCUUCAUCCAGGCUCGCAGCAAGUUGGAUUUCCUUCGGGGGCCACUCAACAUUAUCGACGCCAUGGCCAUUUUGCCUUACUACGUGUCCUUGGUGGUGAAAGAGGAAGACCCCAGCCAGGACGGCGACCGACCUGGAGGAGGUAAAGGCUACUUGGACAAGCUGGGUCUGGUGCUAAGGAUCCUUAGAGCGUUGAGGAUUCUUUACGUGAUGCGACUGGCUCGCCACUCUCUGGGCCUACAAACUUUAGGGCUGACGGUGAGGCGCAGCACUCGCGAGUUUGGCCUGCUCUUGCUCUUCCUCUGCGUAGCCGUCACCCUCUUUUCUCCGCUGGUCCAUCUGGCGGAAAGCGAGCUUACGGGCCCUCACGACUUCAGCAGUAUCCCAGCCUCCUACUGGUGGGCUAUAAUCUCCAUGACCACAGUGGGCUACGGCGACAUGGUGCCAAGAUCGAUACCUGGCCAGGUUGUGGCGCUGAGCAGCAUCCUGAGCGGGAUCCUCAUCAUGGCCUUUCCCGCCACAUCCAUCUUCCACAUGUUCUCUCGUUCCUACCAAGAGCUCAAGAUGGAGCAUGACCGUCUGUUCAAAGAAGAGUGUGCCGCCGCCGCCGCAGCUGCUGCCGCCGACGUCUCUGCCGUGCAAGAGAAUACUGGAGAAUGCGGGGACCUGAAACGGGAAGCGUUCCAUCUAGAUAAGGAGAGUAUGCACUCAAGAGAGUCUCUGGCUCUCUUAAGGAAAGGAGAUGAUGCUGCAGCAAAUAAUCACAGCCUCCCAGCAGCAGCUUUCUGA